CCAAUCACAUGGAAGCAGACACAUUUUGUAAAUAAACCGCAUUAUAUACACACAAGUCUGGAAUUAUUUAAAUCAUUCCACAGAAUAUUGAAUCACAUUUCUAAGCAUACACAGUUAACGUUUCUUCAAAGAAUCAAUUUGUUCAACAAUUUCGUCAAUCGGAACAAAUGAGAAGGCAUUGGAAAGAUGGAACCUUUGUCAAUAAAGAUGACCCACAACAAACAUCAGAUUAUGAUCCUUUCCGACUAAUACAAAUUUUGACCAGGAAAAUAACGCCAUCACGGAUUUUAUUUAUACUGAAUGUGUUCGCAACUGUUGUUUUCCAGCUGGCGAUAGCAUUUGGUCUGACAGCGUUGGUUACACAAGUAUACGAUAUCUCGUAUUUCGCACUAUCUUACAACAUAAUCCUCUACGUGAUCAGUGCGAUAUACUUCAGCCUCGAAUUCAUAUGGGCCUUCGUCAGACGAAUAUCCAUGGUAUUUCCCUGGAAUCUUGUAUAUCUGUUGGUAAUGACAAUUCUCUCCUCCAUCAUCAUCGCCGCAGAAUCACUGGCCUACUAUGAUGAUGUCCCACUGAUUGUUUUCGCAUUCAUAUGGGUGAUGUUACAAGUCGUUGUCUCGUUCGCCAUAUUCAUUCCGAAUGAUUUCACUCAGACAUGGUUAACACGAAUAGUCAACGUUGUGUAUACUGUGACGAUAUUGGGUGGUCAAAUCGCCUUCUUUGUUCGAAAGCAGACUAAGGUUGCUUUACUUAUCGCUGGAGCUGUUGGAUUUCCAUGCUCAUGUUAUUUACUUACAAAAGAAGUGAAAUGGAUAUUUGGACAAGGCACAUACUACUAUCCCGAGAAUAAUAUUGUCAAACCAGCUCGAAAUAUCUACGGUUAUUGUUGGAGUUUAUUUCUCACAGUGAUGUGGAUAUAUUCACCAUUCGGAAUGAGAAAUGAAACUAUUCAGUCGGGGAGGUAAAGAGAGAACAUUUCACAGGUCACUGGAACUUCAGAGGACAAGAGGUCAGGGUUUAUACAAUUUUCUUUUGAUUGUAUUUCUUUGAAGGGUUUCAUUAAAUAAAAAUAUGUCUUUGAAAAGUUCGAA